AUGAACAGCAAUAGUAUCCACGUGCCUUCAAGUGGCAGUCCUGGCAAUGGCAACAACAACAACAACAACAACAGCAACAGCAGCAGCAGUGCUAUAUCAUCUAUACGGAAUCAUCAGCAAUCGUCUCGAUUAAUCAGUAGUCGCAGUAUCGCGUCUAGUCGUGGAGGAAAGAAGGAAGAGCACGUGCGAGUCGUGGGCGCGCAUUAUCAACUUGGGGUAGAGAUUGGACGAGGGGGGUUUGGGGUUGUCUACGGAGCACUGGAUCUCCGGAAUGGACGGUCUGUGGCCAUUAAACAAGUCUCAUUACGAGAUAUUGACAAGGAUGAAUUGUUGUCAAUUGAGACGGAAAUUAGUUUACUUCGUAAAUUAAAGCACGACAAUAUUGUAAAAUAUCAUGACACCAUCAAGAUGGAAGGCUACUUGUACAUUGUAUUGGAGUACAUGGAGAACGGUUCAUUGGCACAAUUUGUCAAAAAAUUUGGAUCACUGUCGGAGACGCUGGUGGCCAUGUACAUUACACAAGUCCUGCGAGGACUUGCCUAUUUGCAUGAACAAGGUGUGCUCCAUCGUGACGUCAAAGGAGCGAAUAUUCUGACAACAAAAGAGGGACUAGUGAAGCUCGCAGAUUUUGGUGUUGCUAUUCGAUUAAAUGAGACACAGAAGGCAAAUUCUGUUGUAGGGUCGCCAUAUUGGAUGGCCCCCGAGGUAAUUGAGAUGGCAGGUUGGUCCUCUGCGUCGGACAUCUGGAGCGUCGGUUGCACAAUCAUCGAGCUAUUGACGACCAAGCCGCCUUAUUUCGACUUGGCACCCAUGGCUGCGCUAUUUCGCAUUGUACAAGAAGACCAUCCACCGCUUCCGCAGCGCAUGUCACCGGCCUUACACGACUUCAUCAUGAAGUGUUUUAUGAAAGAGCCUCGACUUCGAGCAUCUGCAGAUGAACUUCUUGCUCAUCCGUGGAUUGCACAAAUUCCAAAGAACAAGGUGGAACAAAGCACGCAGCUCGUUGCUGAGAGCGUCACUUUAUCCAACGAUCGCGACGCAGUGUUAAAUACUAUUAAAUUAUACGAGAAAAGAUCGACUACUACAGACAUCACACCAACAGCAACGGACAAGAACUCACGUUUUCUCAGGGUCAUGAACGAACAGUCGGAUGAAGAUGCGGAGGAUUGGGAUGAUGAGUUUGGUGUGGGUUCAAACGACAGACCGUCCAUGAUUAAGAACGACAGUAAGACGAAAGACAGCAAGCCUAAGCGAUCAGUGGAAACUGCGCCGACAAAGCCACAGUUUCAGUUAUCUAUAGAAGACGCUAAUGCAUUGUUCGAUGACGAUGUAUGGGACGACGAAGAUUCCGAAGUUGCGGUUAUGUCGGUGAGACCGACAGCAUUAAAGCUAGGUCACAGUAGCAGUGGUAGUAGUUCGGAUCAGAGCAAGAACGAUAAGCCUACGAUGAACUCGUGGGAUCGGUCGUCGCUGAUUACUGCUCAAAGCCGCAUAGCAAAGCUCCAGCGAUUUGUUGAAGAUUCCGAAGAAGACCUCACUUUUGACGAUAUCGAUGAGAAGCAGCUUUUACAAGCGGCUGCGAAGCAAAAGCGUGCAAUGGAGAUAAAUGCUAUACCCGCUACUGUCGUUCCGGCCAUAAAACCGAUUAAUGGUUUUGAGGAGAAAGACGGGUUGAACAGAGACAUUGACUUUGCAAAGGGCCAGCCGUCUGACGUGGUGCUACGCGUCGGUGGCACUCGUAAUGGCUCGUCUCCAGAGGAAAGUGCGCAAGAGAAUUUGUUUGACGACGAGUUGGACUUUGAUUAUUCGACUGCUCGUGACGCGAACCAAAAGGCAACUGCUCGAGUGGUUGAGCUGCUAUCGUUAUUGGACCCUAGUAUGGAAGAUCAAGUUAUUUUAGAUGCCUGUAAUGACUUGGAAGAGGUGUUCAAUCAAAACGUGACGCUUCGACGAGAUUUGAUGUCACAACCUGGCGUUGUACCUAAUAUCAUGGAAGCGUUGGAAAUGAAGAAGAUGGACGUAUUGCACGCUGUGCUCAGGGUUAUCAAUAUUAUUGUCGAGGGUAACAAAAAGUUUCAGGAGAACUUGGCCCUCGUUGGCUUAGUACCGGUGAUUAUCAAACUCACAAAGCAACACAACCCACACAAUAUAUCGGGCGAAAGAAGUAAAGGGUUCCGCAUCCAGAGUCAAGAGGACACAGAGUUUUUCAAAGCUGUUCGGAUGGAAGCAGCCAAGUUUGUGCGCCAGUGUUGCAAAACAAGCUCGUUGACAUUACAAAUGUUUAUCGCAUGUGGCGGAUUGCCUGUGUUGGUGGACUUCUUGACACUUGAAAAAAACCCAUCCAAUCUUGGUAACGAUAUGGAUCUGCUUCGGAUAGCUUUGGAUGGAAUAUCCAGCGUCUUUAGUAUUCAGACCAUUCCAAAAAAUGACAUUUGCCGACUGUUUGUGAAAGCAGGGUUGUUAAAGAAGUUCGUGGUUGUCUUUUCCGAGAUUGCUGUGGUGGUGUCAACAAACGAUACGCGCGGGCCAGAAAGUGGCGGUAGUGCGAAGAAAUCUACAAAAAGAAAUGCAGCCGUUACUAAGGGUGGAUCCGUGGCAGAGUGGACAAUGAGGGAGUUUCACAAGACGUGUGACAUUUUUGUACUGUUUUCUCAAGGUGACGCUGUGGUGAAAGAACACAUGUGUGAUGGUGCUGUCCUGAAAGGACUUCUGGAAGCGAUCCAUCCGGGGAUGCAGCUUCUUAAUUGGGGUAAGCAGCACCUAAAAGAUCGGCAGGCACUACCUCUGAUACGCCAUUCAGAUGACUUUGUUUCAGCUAUGCUGAAAUUACUGAAGUGCAUUCGUAAUCUGAGCAUGGAGCCUACGACGUUGGAGAAAUUGGAUCGAGCUGGUGCAAUUCCGACACUUGUCCAUCUACUAAAUGAGCAAGAGGGAGAAGGCCCAUCGAUCUCAGAUGUAAAGCGGAAAGAGGUCGAAAACAUUGUGCUGCAGUCCAUGUUCUAUCUCUGUCGGAUUAAUCGUAAUCGUCAGACUCACGCAGCACAGGCUGGUGUGAUCCCGUCUCUUAUCAAGGUAGUCCAGAAUUGUAGCCCACUCAAGCAAUUUGCACUCCCAAUCCUAUGCGAUCUGGCUCAUGCGUCUCCGACUGCACGAGCUCAUCUAUGGAUAUAUAACAGUGCGACGCUCUUUUUGGAAUUGCUGGAGGAUAAGUACUGGCAGAUUGAUGCCGUCAAGUCUAUCAGCGUUUGGCUUGUGCACGACACCGUGAAAAUGGAGAACGUUCUACUGGUUCCUGAAAACCUGAUGAAGAUUGUGGUGUGCUUCCACAACGCUAUGGACACAGAAUUUGAAAACGUAUUGGAGCCGCUGUUGGAGAUAAUGAGUCGCUCAGUGAGGCUCAACCAGGCGCUUGGACGUAGUGGCAUGUUUGUCAUGGAAAUCCUAAAACGACUUCGGCUUAUUCCGAAGGCGAUUGUACGCAAGAAUUUGCUUAAAAUGCUCAAGAGCCUCUUUGAGUCGCACACGUCACCGAUUCAAUUUCUUGUCGAGUACAAUUUGCGGCCAAUCGUGUAUGAGCUGGCUCAAGACGAGAACAGCAUGAUUCUUGUAAAAGAAAUCGCGUCACAGCUUCUUCAAGCCAUUCUGGUGGCUGCAGACGUGGUUCAGACGUCCUAUUGUGACGAGAAUCGCCGAAGAAGCGACCAAUGA